UCCAUCACAUCCACGCCGAACUUCAUUCCCAUCUACCUGGCGUCUCGCAUCAAGCACAUUGAAUUUUCACUGCGCUUCCUCAGGCCUCACACCAACGACUUUCCAGAGUGAUCGAGAGCCGAAUCGCCGCUACAUCACUUUCCCAGCAGCGACAGUACCGCCGCCAUGUCGGACAACACUGUUUACAAAGCGACACGCGACUGCGCGAAAGAUGUCGAUGCCCUCCUCCCAGAAGCCGAUAAGCUCGCAAAGUCCGGACAAACACAAGCCGCCAUCGACAAGCUCCUCAGUCUAGAGAAGCAAACCCGCCAAGCCUCCGACCUCCCAUCCACGAACCGUCUCCUCAUCGCCAUCGUCACGAUAUCGAAAGACUCCGGAGACUGGAGCCUGCUGAACGAACAAGUCCUCCUCACCAGCAAGAAGCAUGGACAGCUCAAACAAGCCAUCACAAAAAUGGUGCAGGUGGUCAUGACGUUCUUGGAUGAGGCGCCGAGUUUGGAGACGAAGUUGAGUGUCAUUGAGACUUUGAGGACGGUGACGGAGGGGAAGAUCUUCGUCGAAGUCGAGCGAGCACGUGUCACGCGGAUUCUGUCCGAUAUCAAGCGGGAUCAAGGAGAUGUCACUGCUGCAAAGGAUAUCCUGUGUGAAUUGCAAGUCGAGACGUUCGGUUCGAUGAGCAGGAGAGAAAAGACAGAGUUCAUUCUGGAGCAGGUCAAUUUGUGCAUACAAGAUGGAGAUUGGACACAAGCGGGUAUUCUCGGACGCAAGGUCAGCACGCGAUACUUCUCGCGAAAGCCGAAGAAGACGGCGGAGCAGGUCGAGAAGGAACGCAAGGAGAGGGAGGAGAAGGAGCGCAUGCGAUCGGAUGGAACUGUCGGAGAUGACGAGCCAGUGGACGACGAUGUCACCGAUCUCAAGCUCCGCUACUACGAGCAGCAAAUCACUCUCGCAAAGCACGACGACAAAUACCUGGACGCCUGCAAGCACUAUCGACAGGUACUGGACACAGAGGCUGUCGAGAACAACCCGGAGCAGCUUUCCGCUGCCCUCCAGCGUGUCGUCUACUUUGUCCUCCUCGCUCCCUACGACAACGAGCAGUCCGACCUCCUCCACCGCAUUGCCCAAGAUACUCGCAUCGCCACGACAUGCCCCAAGGAAGCGGAACUCAUCAAACGCUUCACCGUCCACGAACUCAUGCGCUGGCCUGAGAUUGAGCGCGACUUUGGCGCCCACCUCUGCCACGGCGACAUCUUCUCCGCCACCGCAGAUCCCAAAUCCUCCGACCCCAAAGCCCACAACCGAUGGCUCGACUUCCGCAAGCGCGCGAUCGAACACAACGUCCGCGUCAUCGCCAAGUACUACACCCGCAUUCAAUUCUCCCGCCUUGCCUCUCUCCUCGACUUGCCUGCCAGCGAAACGGAGAAGUACAUUUCCGAUCUGGUCACCAGCAAGACCAUCUACGCGAGGAUUGAUCGUCCAGCGCAGAUUGUCAGUUUCGAGAAGAAGCGGGAUGCGGAUGAGGUGUUGAAUGAGUGGAGUGGGAAUAUGAAGAGUUUGUUGGGAUUGUUGGAGAGGAUCGAUCAUUUGAUCACCAAGGAGGAGAUGAUGGCGAGGAUUCAGCCGGUUGGGGAGAAGGUUGGUAAGGUCAGUGCUAAGGCUUAG